CUUGACGAUAAGCAUCUUGUCUUGGUGAUUAUGGAACAGGAGUUGAAUUUAUUUAACGCGCGUGCAUGAAUUCAGCAGACAUAUAGCUUGUCCAGAAACGCACAGAAUCACAUACAUCUAUCUCUUGGUGCUUUCUUUCAAAGAGCAUCAGGACAGCAAUAAGAAAUCAUGACUGAUGCAGAGAGAAGAGAGCAAGCCCUGCAGGAGUAUCGAAAGAAACUCCUUCAGCACAAAGAGAUAGAUGCAAAAGUCAGGACGCUGCGUGAACAAGUCAAGGCAGCAAAGAAGGAUUACGACAAAACAGAAGAUGAUCUUAAAGCGCUGCAAAGUGUUGGGCAGAUCAUCGCCGAGGUUCUCCGACAGCUGGACGAGGAGCGCUUCAUCGUGAAGGCGAGCAGUGGCCCUCGGUAUGUGGUGGGCUGCCGCAGCAAGGUGGACAAAGCCAAGCUCACUGCUGGCACCCGCGUAGCUCUGGACAUGACCACCCUGACCAUCAUGCGAUACCUGCCGCGUGAGGUGGACCCGGUGGUGUACAACAUGCUGCAGGAGGACCCGGGCAAGGUGGACUACUCCAUGAUUGGCGGCCUGUCGGAGCAGAUCCGCGAGCUGCGCGAGUCCAUCGAGUUGCCCCUCAUGAACCCUGAGCUCUUCCAGCGCGUCGGCAUCAAGCCCCCCAAGGGCGUGCUCCUCUACGGGCCCCCCGGCACAGGCAAGACGCUGCUGGCGCGUGCGAUCGCAUCCAACAUCGACGCCAACUUCCUCAAGGUGGUCUCGUCGGCCAUCGUGGACAAAUACAUCGGGGAGAGCGCGCGGCUGAUCCGUGAGAUGUUUGGGUACGCGAAGGAGCACCAGCCCUGCAUCAUCUUCAUGGACGAGAUCGAUGCCAUCGGCGGCCGGCGCUUCAGCGAGGGCACCUCCGCCGACCGCGAGAUCCAGCGCACCCUCAUGGAACUCCUCUCCCAGCUUGAUGGCUUCGACGUCAUUGGCAAAGUGAAGAUGAUCAUGGCCACGAACCGGCCAGAUGUGCUGGAUCCGGCGCUGCUGCGGCCGGGGCGGCUGGACCGCAAAAUUGAGAUCCCGCUGCCCAACGAGCAGGCCCGCUCGGAAAUCCUGAAGAUCCACGCCUCUGGCAUCACCAAGCACGGUGACAUCGACUAUGAGGCAAUUGUGAAGCUGGCAGAGAACUUCAACGGCGCGGAUCUGCGCAACAUCUGCACGGAGGCCGGCAUGUUUGCCAUUCGGGACGAGCGCGAUUAUGUGGUGCACGAGGACUUCAUGAAGGCUGCGCGCAAGCUGAACGAAGCCAAGAAGCUUGAGUCCUCAGCCACAUACGACUCAUCGUUUGGUGACGGCGGCAAGUCCUAGUUUGAUUCUUGCGUUUGAAAGCGGCAGCUUGGGUGAUUGCGAGAGAGUGGGCGGAGUUGAGUGGCCAGUAAUACUGUCAAUGUUAGUCAGGAUAUCCUCGAUACAGACGAUUAUUAUCCCGCACGUGCCUUGUAACAAUGACUUUGCCAUAC